AUGGUAGCUGCUUUUUGCCAGAGCGUUGAUUGUAUUCUGAAAGAUGAUCAUAUUGAAGCCAUGGCUGCAUCUGUUGCACUUAAGAUUGCUAUAGAUAUGGGUCUCCGAAGCGUGAUACUUGAAGGUGACUCAAAGACAUUAAUCGAUUCGAUAAGUUGCAAACAAAAGGGCUCAUCGGACAUUGGGAAAUUCGUCGAUCAGAUCCAAUUAUGUGCUCAACUGUGUGAUGAGUUUUCGACAUCUAGGCUACGUAGACCUGGUAAUAAUGUAGCUCAUAUUCUUGUUAACUAUGCAAAAAUCUAUAAUCAAUGUUGUAUUUGGAGGGGGAAGUCCCAAAGUUCAUGUCAUCUUCUCUCAUGUCUGAUGUAUCUUGUUCUUAAUAUUAAUGUGAGUUUCCUGUCCUUUCUUAUCAAAAAAAAUAAAAUCAUGAUGAUAUGUUUGGAACAUGAAAGAAUUUAUUUCCAUGUCCUCAUGAAAAAAUAUAAAAAUGCAACAGGUAAAGAUAAAAAAAAUAAGAGGGAGAGAAGUUGA